UUGUAUCUGACCCGGAAGUAAUGCUAGCAAAUCAAUGUGUGGCUUACUUUCGGCUUUCUUUAACUGUCUAUGGUGGCUUGCAGUAGAAAGUUCUUCUUGUCCUAUAUUAACCUCUGUGCCUUUGUACAAAGUCAACAGUUGCUCUGUUGUUGUUGUUAGCUUAGCUAACGUCAGCCCCAAGGUCUCACUGCAUGCCCUCUACAUGCUGUGACUUGCUAACAGGAAUCUGAGGCUGUGGAGUCAUGGUGGGCUAUGACCCUGGGGCUGUGUGUGCAGCCUUCUCACCAGAGGAGGCGGCCCUGGCUGGGUCAGCUGCUGGGAUGGUCACCAGGGCCCUCAUCAGCCCCUUUGACGUGCUCAAAAUCAGAUUUCAGCUGCAGAUUGAGCGUCUGUCUUCACGUAGGCCCGAGGGGAAGUACCAGGGAUUAUUUCAGGCAUCCCGGUGCAUUUAUUCAGAGGAGGGACUCUCUGCUUUCUGGAAGGGCCACGUCCCUGCACAGCUACUCUCCAUCUGCUUCGGGGCUGUCCAGUUUGCCAGUUUUGAGUUAAUGACGGAGGUGGUCCACAAGUCGACGCUGUAUGACAGCCAGACAGCAGGAAUUCACUUUGUGUGUGGUGGUCUGGCGGCAUGCUCUGCUACAGUGGUCUGCCAGCCUCUGGACACACUGCGGACACGCUUUGCAGCUCAGGGAGAAACCAAGGUUUACAGGAACCUGCGUCAUGCUGUGUCUACAAUGUGCCGCUCAGAGGGAGUGCUAACAUUUUACCGUGGCCUGUCUCCAACACUGAUGGCAGUUUUUCCUUAUGCUGGGCUGCAGUUCUUCUUCUACAAUGUCUUUAAGAAACUGUUGGCUCCACCAGCUACAGCUGGAAACUCAGGAGGGGACCUAAGAAGCCUGGUCUCUGGCAGUGGAGCUGGAAUAAUCAGCAAAACAAUGACAUACCCCUUUGACCUCUUCAAGAAGAGACUGCAGGUGGGGGGCUUUGAGGCAGCCAGAGUUCACUUUGGACAGGUGCGGAGUUAUAGAGGCCUGGUGGACUGCAUGGUUCAAAUAGCCAAAGAUGAGGGCGUCCGAGGCUUCUUCAAAGGCCUCUCACCCAGCCUUGUGAAGGCUGCACUAUCAACAGGCUUCACCUUUUUUUGGUAUGAGUUUUUCCUCAAUUCCAUGCAUAACCUAAAGGAAAGGCAGAGAACAAAUGGCUUCACCAGAGACCUCGGGGAAAGAUAGUGAAGGGAAAAAAGUAACAAUGGCACAAUCACGCACAUCAGAAAUAGACCCAUGCCUCCUCCUUUGCUUGCACUUAACACAUUUAUCACCUGGGUCGAAGUUCUGUGUUUUUCUCUGUGUUUUUGUGUUUAUGUAUAAGGAUAACAUAACCUCAUUGUAUUUGUUAAUGUGCUGUCAUUACGGCUUGUGGUGUCCAAAAUUGCAUUUUUGUUUUUUAUGUAUUUUAUAUUUUAGAGGUUUCUAAGGGUAUAUAUAGAAAAUAAAUGUCAUAACAUUGAUCAAACUCAACUUUGCACAUUUUAAGCUUUUAUUCAUAACUUUGCCAUUGUUGACUCUCAUUUUGUUAACAUUUAGUUAAUAAAUUGGAAGAGGAGUAUUCAGCAAAAUUUGCUUUGAUUGUGUGGUCGUAUGGGUUUUGACAAACAUUAACUUGUUUUAUAUUUAUUUUAUUAUGUAUCUGUGGUGGGCAAAACAGAAUCCUGUUGACUAUAGGGUGAAUGCACUGUGAAUUAAGGGGUUAGAGUUACAGUAGAUUGUCCUGCUAAGUUAAACUCUUGAGUGGCUGUGGUUGUGACUCCAUGUCUGUCCAACAC